GACAUGCAGCGGCGGAGCGAUAUGCAACUUAUCUAUCUGGGGAGGUCUACAGUACCCGACUAUCGAUCGGCACCAAUAAACAAUGGAUGCAACGAACUUGGUCACUCUUCAAACAACGACGUCGAGCACAACAACACCACUCUCAGCACUGGUCGGCGACAACUCCUCUUGCACAGUGGACGGCACCUUAUGACAUGCAAGCGGAGGGGCUUCAAUCACAGCCUUUUACACCAGCUGAAUUGACUCGUGCACUCAAACGUCUCAACUAUCAGACAACGUGUGGUCCAGAUCAGAUCCUUCCACGUUUUCUGCAACAUGGAACUGCGAUGUUGGAGCGUUGUCUACUACGCCUCAUAAGUAAGUCUUUCUCUUCUACACAGGUACCAGCGGCAUGGCGAUUAGCUCGUGUCGUUACUAUCAAGAAAACUACUACAUCUUCGACAGCGGCAACCCUCAAGGAUUUUAGACCAAUCUCUAUCACCAACAUCUUUGGUCGGAUCGCAGAGGCAAUGGUGGUUUAUCGUAUGGAGUGUCAACUUGAGCGCGAUCCUACUCUAACUGGUUGUCUUGACCCACAUCAACACGGGUUUCGACCUGGAAGGAGUCUCGAUGAACACGUUGCAUACUUACAUUCAUCUUUUCAGUCUCAUCUAAGUUUAGGGCGCAUGGUAGCUUUCAUCUCUCUAGAUUGGACCAAAGCAUAUGAUACUGUCACAUUGUCGAUCUUGUACAACCGACUCUUAGCCACAGGCAUACACCUCUCACUAUGUUCGUGGAUAUGGGCGUUCCUUCGGGGACGACUCUUUUAUGUUGAAAUCGAUGGAAAGCGCUCAGCUACUCGGCAGCAGCGACAAGGCCUACCUCAGGGCUGUAUCUCCUCUCCAUUAUUAUGGACUAUCUACUUGAAUCCCUUGAUAAAGCAGCUCAGCGAGA